GUCCAGCGCUCUUUUCUCAGUAACUCUACAGUGAAUGUGUGUUGUACGUUACCACCUGCAGUUCGUUGUCUACAACAGAGUAAUGGCAGGUUGGGCUGCUGCUGCCUCCAGGUCGACAGAGAUGGACUAUGAGCAUGCGCUCAGCCCUGCAGGCAACUAAAUCUCUACUAGUCCUGCUGCAACUCCAUGAACAAGAUCACUGUGAAAUACAGCCGAGCACCCAUCAGUGAUUAUGGACCCGAACUCCAACAACGAGAGGAAAAGGAUCUCCUGGACCAGUUUACCUCCUUCACUGUAGAUGCUGCUCACUCCUCUAUUCACCAACAUCAUCUCAUGGCUGGGAUUCAGCAGCUACCUGUUAACUUGCAGACAAAUGUUUUGCUGAAGCCAUCUGCCUGAAGGAGCAUUAAAAAGACAAAAAAAAAGCAACGUUGGCUGUUGACUGCAAGCAGCUUGUGUGUCUGUGGUUGGGUCUGUAAUAAUGGGGAAGGAACAGGAUCUGCUGGUGGCAGUGAAGACUGGAGAUCUUCUGCUGGCGCACAAACUUCUCUCCAAAGUCAAGUGCAACAAAACCAAGUUGCUGGGCUCCACCAAGAGACUCAACAUCAACUACCAAGACUCAGACGGCUUCUCAGCACUGCACCAUGCCGCACUCACGGGCACCACAGAGCUGCUGUCUCUGCUGCUGGAGGCCCAGGCCACGGUGGAUAUCAAGGACAUCAACGGCAUGCGUCCUCUCCACUACGCAGCAUGGCAGGGAAAAGCAGACUCGGUCUUAUUGUUGCUGAGAGCCGGAGCUUCAGUCAACUCCGCUUCCCAUGAUGGACAGACGCCGUUACAUCUUUCUGCUCAGUAUGGACACUACGAGGUGUCUGAGAUGUUGCUGCAGCACCAGUCUAAUCCCUGCCUGACGAACAAGGCAAAGAAGACUCCUUUAGAUCUGGCCUGCGAGUUUGGCAGACUGAAGGUGGCUCAGUUGCUGCUGAGCAGUAACAUGGUGACAGCCCUGUUAGAAGGGGAGGGGGUGCACGACAGCCUGGAAUCUCCAUCCACCACUCCCCUCCACCUGGCAGCCAGGAAUGGACACAAAGACAUAAUCAAGUUGCUCCUCAAAGCUGGUAUUGACAUCAACAGAGUCACUAAAGCAGGGACGUCUCUGCAUGAGGCUGCCCUCUACGGCAAAACUGAAGUGGUGCGACUGCUGCUUGAUGCGGGCAUCAAUGUGAACAUGCGCAACACGUACAACCAGACAGCUUUGGACAUUGUCAACCAGUUCACCACCUCCACAGCCAGCAGGGAAAUCAAACAGCUUCUGAGAGAGGCAUCAAGCUCUCUCCAGGUCAGAGCGGUGAAGGACUACUGGAACCUCCACGACCCCACUGCUCUUAACCUCCGCGCUGGAGAUCUUAUUAUGGUCCUGGAGCAGCACUCAGACGGCCGCUGGAAAGGUCACAUCCACGACACGCAGCGGGGGACAGACAGGGUGGGCUUCUUCCCGCCUUCAGUGGUGGAGGUCCUCAGCAGACGAGCAGGGGGCACUCUCUCCCGCCAAGCCUCAAUGCCUUGCCAACGUCAACACUUUGCAUCCAGAGCUCCUUCCUCAAGCCAUGGCCCCACCCCUCAGACUGAUGACUCAUACACCCUUGGCUAUGAUCCCACAGGUGCUCCACCUGACAGUCAGCUCUCAACCCCAGCUAGUCCUGCUAGCCCCACUCAGGACAUUUGGGUCCUCAGGAGCUCUCCCACUGGUGACAGAAACAGUGUUGGGAGUGCAGGCAGUGUGGGCAGCAGCCGCAGUGCCGGUAGCGGCCAGAGCUCAGAGAGCGGCCACAAACAGAAUGGGAUUCAAAAUCGCCACAAUGCUGACACUGGCAAGCUGGCUCCCUCUGCUGGUGAAUCAGGAGAUCAUCUCCACAUUGCAGGAGCAGACCAUAGCAAACAGGCUGAUGGAUCCACAGGUGGUUCCCGUCGGCAGGUCAACGGCACUCCUCAGAAAGGCUUCGUGAGGCCAGAGGAGCUUCUGGAGGGCAAGGACUCUGAGGCCAUUUACCAGUGGUUAUGUGAGUUCCAGUUGGAGCAGUACACAUCUAACUUCAUCAGUGCAGGAUAUGAUGUACCCACCAUCAGCAGGAUGACCCCUGAGGACCUGACAGCUAUUGGAGUGACCAAACCAGGCCACAGAAAGAAGAUUUCAAUGGAGAUCUGCAAGCUGAGCAUCCCUGAGUGGCUGCCUGAUUACAUUCCUUCUGACCUGGGAGAGUGGCUGAGUGUGAUUGGACUGCCUCAGUACCAGAAGAGAUUGUGUGACAAUGGCUAUGACUCCAUUACUAUCGUCAAAGACAUUACCUGGGAGGACCUGCAGGAGAUAGGCAUCACCAAACUGGGCCAUCAGAAGAAGCUCAUGUUAGCAGUGAAGAGACUUUGUGACCUGCAGCGCUCUCGUAACCAUGCCGACAGAGCUGGAGGUGGGACUCUUCGACGGAAGCCCCCUGCUGCCCUGGAGCUGGUGGCCAUUGAACACACACCAACACACAAUGUGCACGCUCACGCUCAUGCCCGCUCUGAUGCUCCUUCUGACGACUGCUGCCCCUCCCCUCGCACCCCCAGGACCCUCAUGUCCUUCCAGGACAGUGAGUUGAGCGCCGAGCUGCAGAGUGCUAUGAUGGGCAGAGCUGGGGGAGGAGCUACAGAGGCAUUCGGCAUCAGGGGCGUGACCUCUGCAGCAGUUAUAUCUGCCAUGUCAGUCAGUCAGGAGAGCAUUAGCAUGAGAUCGCGGGGAUCAGGGAAUUCUGGAAAUUCAGGAUAUUCUCAAGAUCACCAGGCUGCACCGUCCUCAGCCAAGAUAUCCAGCCGGUCAGAGGAGAGUCUAGGGAGCGGUGCAGGGGAGGAGGCCAAGCGUGGGGGAAGCAGUCCUGGAGGCAGAGGUAGACAGAGACCUACAGAGAUGUGGGAGCACCAGAGUCGCUCAGCUACCCCCAACAAACUCCCCUUCUCCCCCCUAACACCUCCGCUAACCCCCAGCAAGAUGCCUCGCUUUGCAUACCCGGCCGUCCCACCCAAGGCCAAACACUUCCAGUCUCCAAACCGCCUCUAUCAGCCUCAGCAUCAUCCACCUCCCUCCCCUUCUUCCCCAUCCCCGCAGCCUUCCCCUACACAGAAGGCCUUCAGUUACAUCCACGCUCAGGCAGGAGGCAUCAACGGGGCCCCACGGGUGCUUUCCAAGCCUCUGCCUGGAGCUGUACCUCUGCUGGGACCCCGGCCUGGGCAGGGCCCAGCUGAGGAAGCCCAGAGGGGCCCGCACAAGAAGCGUGCCCAAAGCUUGACUCGCUACGCCUUGUCUGAUGGCGAACCGGAUGAUGAUGACGACCCUGUUCCCUCCCACACCUCUGCUUCCUCUGGAGCCAUGCCCUCCUAUGCCACCCUGUCGCGCAGGCCGGGACGUGGGCACACGAGUGCCACAGGGGCCCAACGCCACAUCAACCGCAGCCACUCUUUUGCUGUGCGAUCUCGACGCAAAGGCCCUCCCCCACCACCGCCCAAGAGGAUGAGCUCGGUAAGUGGCAGCCCGGCACGCCAACCGGGGAAUGGACAAGGGGUGGAGCCAGAGGUGAAGGGCAGGGUGGAGACAGAGAGCUCAGGCAGUGUGAGGAGCAUCGCAGCCAGGUUAGAGGGAAGCAGCAGCAGCAGCCCAUCCAGGAGGAUAGAUAUACCUCCACCUCAUAUCCCAGUUUCACCUGUUUUCAUUCCUGUUUCCUCCCCGAUUCCACAUGGGAUGACUCCUCACGUCAUCCUACAGCACUCCAAACCUGUCCCUGCUCUGGGCGUUGGGGGCCUGAGGAGGACAGGAAGCGAGAGGACAGAAAUGGAGAUUGACAGGCAAACACUUGAAGAGAGAGACAGGAAAAGUGAAAGAAUGUCAAAGAGUGCUACUGCAUCUCCGAAGCACGCUGACCACCUCCCUUUCGCUGAAGAAGGCAACCUCACUAUCAAACAGAGGCCAAGGAUGUCAGCUGUCACCCACGCAGACACUGAAAUCAGAACUUCUCCACAACGUCCAGCCCAGACUCCGACCAGCCUGGAGCUCCCCGAGUUCAACCUGAAAGAGUCUGACACGGUGAAAAGACGACACAAACCCAAAGACAAAGACUCAUUGACACCUGAUGAGGUUACCUCCCCUCACAAAGACAACCACUACCUGCAAACCAACAGUCUUCACACGCACAAUGAAUUCAGGGCGCAGAGUGAUGAUGAAUCUCAGAGGCCAGGGAUUAUGUUCCAGAGAGUGGGCUCCAUGGGAAAAGGCCCAAAGCCUGCAGUGUCCUCAAAACCUCCCAGUCCACUCAAACAACCCCCUAACAGCAGACCAACAACCCCCCAGAAAGCCGUCUGUUCAGUACCAGCUAGUCCACAAACAGCCAUUCCUAAACUAACCAGUGUACAGAUUCACACAGUCUCCCCGAAACUGGGCGGCAGCAUUCACACACAGACAUGUAUACCCAGCCCCAAACCUGUGCACCCACAGACAGUGAUGUCCAAGCCAGAGAGUCCCCAGAAAGCUGCUGGUUUGUCUGUAUCAAGACUCCCUCAGCCCAGCAUGGUGUCUGCAUCAACAGCAGGACUGAACCUCAACGUAGUCCAGAGCGUUACGUUUGCUGCUCCUUCUACCCCAACUCCGGCCCAUUCGUACCCCACCUCGGCACCUCCAGGUCAGACAGGGAAAGUAGGGACGGCCGGUCUGGAGGUGCUGGCUCAGAAGAGGCUGGAGCAAACCAGUACGUCACUGGAGGCUGCUCUCAAAGUGGUGGAGAACAAACUGGCGCAGGGGAGCAGUGUGGACAGUGGCAGCAGCACAGUGAAGGCGGCAGGAAAUAUUCUGGAUGACAUCGGCAACAUGUUCGACGACCUGGCUGACCAGCUGGACGCUAUGUUGGAGUGACACCCCCCCAAGGCCCUCACAAACUUCCUUUCUUAGGAGAGCGACAGACCAAACACGGAGAGUGAGCUCCCUUUGAAGCUGCUGAGAGCAGAGACAGUGGAGGGCUCAGCUCCUCUCCAUCACUCUGGGUAAAUCCAUAACAGAAACUUCAUUUAUCCACGAUGGGGGAAAUUCUCAGAAAGUGCACAUCUGAGGAUUUCCUGCACGACUUUUCCUCAGUAUUGCCCAGUUUUUUUCAACGCGAGCACUUCGCCUUAGGACACACACCUGGGAAUGUUAUUGGAGGAACAACAAACUGCAGCUUCCACACAUCUCUGUGUGUAUGUGUGUGUGUUCAGUAUAGUAUCACUAAAGGGAAUGAGGGUCCACUUUAUUCAUGUUACCUGUAAAUAUAUAGAUGAGUCUAUGGUGACACUGUGUAUGUGUGUAGUCUUUAUACUGAAUAUAUUUAUACUUCUGUAUGUUUGUUUUGUAACAAAUGGAGUUCACUGUUUAAAUCAUUCUGGUGUAUAUUAGCAUAACUGUCUUAUAUAUAUUUUGCUGCUUCUUGUCUAUAACACGGGAAAACUAUUGUAUUUAAAGCAGUGUAUUCCUGAUGUGUUGCAACAUGUUUUUACCAAAGUCUUUUAUCCUCUUCAGGAGGCACGUUGUGGGGCUUCUGUCAGCACUAAGUGAAGAAACAUUCUGUCUUUAAAGCGUUCUUGUCGGUGCAUCAGGUGUGACUGUGGAGCUCAGUCCACCUCCCACUAACAGUUUGGAAGGUUUUACAGCUCGCCUCAGGGUGCUAUGAAGUGAAUUGACUGUAAGUGUGCUGGUUUCAGAGAAGAAUUCCAAAGAGUACAAAGCAUUUCAAGUAAGUCAUCUGAAAGAAUAUGGUCAUUAUUUCAAAGUGACUCAACACUGUUAGAGAUCGGGUGUAUAUAGAGGAGUCUGCAGUGUGCUACAGGAAUCAUUAAAGACUUUAACAUGUUAAAAAAUAAAAUAAUAUCAAAUAAUAAGUUGAUACCUUUUAAAACGCCAUUGCAAAGUUUUUUUCUUUACUUUUUUUUUUUUUUUUUUACAUUUAAAGGGACAGUUCACCCCAAAAUUAAGAAUCCAUAUUUUUUCCCUUACCUGUGGUGUUGUUUAUAAGUCAAAAUUGUUUUGGUGUAAGUUUUAGAGUGUUGGAGAUAUCAGCCGGGGGGGUUGCAUUUUGGCUUUAUUUGACAGUACAGUCAUGCUGUGAAAGGGGGUGAGAGGGUGAAUGACAUGCUGCAAAGGGCUGAGGGUUGGAAUCGCAGCCACUGCGGCAAGGACAAAGCCUUUGUACAAGAGGUACCUGCCCCACCAGGUGAGCUUGUGGGCUUAAGAUAAUCCACAGACCUUGUGAGCAGUUUCAUGUAGGAAAUAUUUUCUUUUUACCAAAGUACACCCACCAGCUGUAUCACUGUGCAGAAGGAAGUGUGCAUCUACUCAUAGAUGAGAGGCUUGUGACAGUGUCAGAUGAGCAUUAACAGCGCCCUCCUUGGCUGAGCUGUAAUGUUAGCGAGCUCAGUGGAGCUACGUAAGCUAGAAUUAGUUGCAUGGUGAUAUGGUUGGCUGGUCUAGACUGAUAAAUAGCAUUACAGGUAAAAGGAAAAUAUAUAUUUUUUGUUUUGAGGUGAACUGUCUCUUUAAAUUCUCCUAGCACACUCCAGACUCUGCUGAGGAGCAGGGACCUCUCACAAAGCAAUCAGUGUGUUAAACAGCUUAUUGUGGUUAACUCUGGCUUUUUCUUUUUUACUUUUAACUGCUGCAAUGAAUGAAUUCCCCAGCAGGAAUCAGUACUUUCAUUAAAUAUGUUACUAUGGAUCUGUUGCAUAUGAUUAGCUCUUCCAUAUACAUGAGCUUAUAGUUGGGUUGAUAAAGUCAGAGUUAACAGAACCAGCUGGUAACCAGCUUUGUGAGGCAAGUUAUUCAGGAUCACCAAAGUUUACUGAAGCCGGAUGUCUCAAAAAGGUUGUACAGUGAACGUAAUGUUUGGGAACUAGGAGCUGUUUCGUUGCAUUUUACUUUCAUUAACCUCUCCCUCUGUUGUAAUGCACCUUACAAAGUAUUCACUGCAUAAAACUAUGCUUUUAUGAUUGACCCACCUAACGCCACUGUCAGCCAUUGACCCAAUGCCAUACACUUAUUGUGCGACUCAGUGUCUGUCUGUGAGCCAUCCUCUGUUAGUGAGCUCAGUAGAGAAAAGCCAUCUUUGAUUUUUCAUUUGUCCUUUUUUUUUAAUGGCCCUCAGAAAGUUCUUCCCAAGUCUUGGAUGCACUGUAAAAAAAAUCAGGGAGUUGGCAUGUUUUUAAGAUUGCGAGGUGUACUUGUAUUUUUACAUCAAACAUAACAUUUAGCACUAUUGAUUCCUGUGUUCUGUUUGGAUGGAUGCCUGUUACUUUUUAAUAAUACUUCCAUUGAAUUCUGUAUCAUCCUGAAAAUCAUUAAAAAGAGAAUUUGUACUGA